AUGCCUAGAUCAAAAAGAUCUAAGCUCGUGACUUUGGCCCAGACAGACAAAAAGGGCAGGGAUAACAAAGACAGAAUAUUUGAUGAAGUAAGAACUGCUCUGGAUACAUACAAAUACGUUUGGGUUUUGAGACUUGAUGAUGUCAGAACACCAGUCCUUCAAGAUGUGAGAUCAGAUUGGGUCGGAUCCAAGCUGUUAAUGGGAAAGAGAAAAGUUAUACAAAAAGCUUUGGGGGAAACACCUGAGGAAGAAUAUAAGCAAAACCUGCAUGAAAUUGUUGAUGUUUUUGAAGGAUUGAUCGGAUUAUUAUUCACUAAUGAAGAUGUCAACACUGUAUCUACCUAUUUUGAAUCUUACAAGAAGAAUGACUUUUGCAGAGCCAAAGAAAAGAGUUCAAUUUCUUUUACAAUUCCUGCGGGAAUUAUCUACUCUACUGGAGGGCAAGUUUCAGAGUCUGAAGACGUUCCUUUACCUCACAACUUGGAGCCAACUUUCAGAAACAAAUACAAGAUUCCAACGCGUAUUAAGGCCGGUAAAGUUGUCAUUGACGAGCCUUACAAAGUGUGCGAAAAAGGAGAUAUUUUGAAUGUCACACAGGCUCUGAUUUUGAAGCAGUUUGGUAUAGCAUCAAGUGAGUUCAAGAUACAAAUGUUGGCUUACUAUGACUCUGAGAAGGAGCAAGUCAUUUGUGUGGGGGAAAAGAAAAACUAA